AUGUCUAGAUUUCCUUCAAUAUUAAAUGCUACAAAGGAAGACAUGCAACUUCUUCUAGCAGCACAUGUUCAUAUUGGUUCAAAAAAUAUAAAUGCUCAAAUGGCUCCUUAUGUAUGGAAGAGACGUGGUGAUGGAAUUCAUUUGAUUAACCUUGGUAAAACAUGGGAGAAAUUAAUUUUUGCUGCUCGUAUCAUUGUUGCCAUAGAAAAUCCAGCUGACGUAUGUGUCAUAUCAUCUCGUCAGUAUGGUCAAAGAGCUGUGUUAAAAUUUGCUUUAUACACAGGAGCUCAACCUGUAGCCGGUAAAUUUAUUCCUGGCACGUUCACAAAUUACAUCACUCGUUCUUUCAAGGAGCCUAGACUAAUUAUAGUAAAUGAUCCUUUGAGUGAUCAUCAGGCCAUUAAGGAAGCAUCAUAUGUCAACAUUCCUGUAAUUGCUUUAUGUGAUACGGAAUCACCUCUUGGAUUUGUAGAUGUGGCAAUCCCUACAAAUAAUAAGGGUAAGCAUGCAAUCGGCUUAAUCUAUUGGUUACUUGCUCGUGAAGUACUUCGUCUUCGUGGUGCUGUUUUACGUGACUCGUCAUGGGAUGUAAUGGUGGAUAUGUUCUUUUGCCAUGACCCUGAAGUUAUCGAAAAAGAAGCCGAAGGGGUUCUGUCUGAAAAAUUCGCUGGCGACACACAUGAAGUUGAUGCUACCUCGUUUCAAGAUUCUAAUUGGGAUGCUUUUGGUCCAACCGCUGUCAUUGGUGUAACCAAUCCUCAACUUGCUACUACUACUUCUGUAAAUAAUUGGGAUGCUUCCGGAGUGAAUUGGGCAGACAAAAUUGAAUAUAAUCAAACUAAUAUAUUAUAUCUUCAUGCAGAUGACUGA